AUGAUUUUCUUCUUUCUGUUGAUUUUUCGAUGCCUUAAAGGCCAGUCAUAUUAUUUCACACAAAACACCGAUCAAGUGGUCGACUUUUCGUCUUCUGACUUUCAACUCUGUGCCCAUGGUUGCGUACAAUUGGAGAAAACAGCUAUCGGCUGCAAAGGAUUCAGUUACGCGAAUACGAGUUACACUCUUGGGACUUAUGGUCUCCCAUUGUAUUGUUCAUACCCAACCUCGCCUGGUCCUUAUCAAUUCUCUUUAUGUGCAUCUUGUAAUAAUGCACCAUCAUACCCUUUCAAUGUUACAACCAAUCUAACAACGAUCACUUGUACUAACACAACGAGUCCAUCCGUUACAUGGACAGCUUUUGACGGAAGAUGUUAUGCGAAAGUUCCAGUCACCACAAAUUGUUCAGUCACGUAUAAAGCCGCUUCUGCAACAAUCACAAAUCUUGCUGAACACACUUUUGUCCGAUCUUUGAUCUACAAUACAGAUUGCGUAGCUAAAAAUGGCUUUUAUCCGGGAACGGCACUCUUGGGAAUGUCAUGGGAUUUUUCAACCUCAACUUUGAUGUUUGAUGCUAAUCGAAUCGCUACUUUUUCAGCACUUGCCAAUCCGACUAACGGAUCAUUUAUCACGAUGCAAUCACACAAUUGUGGUAACGGUAUGGAUGGAGGGUUGUGGGCGACAAAAAAUUGGAGUCCAUUAAUCCCAUCGCUCAUUUGCAAGAAACAAAACAGCACGACCCCU